AGUGGACAAUAAAGCAGCAGGCUUUGGCUUCAGAAUUCCUCGUUUCGGCACGUUACGUUUCGCUCAAAACUUUUCGGUAUUUCCGCAAUAUUCCGGCAAUCGCACUCAUCGCUAAAAUACAUAUCGUUGAUUAUUGCUACGCUUUCAACGGGGUAGACGGGUGUUAUCUAAAAACAAUAUCAAUUAGGAUGGCCAGCGCCCAAAUGCAACCGUUUGAACCAUCGGUCUUCGAGCCAAAUAAAUUUCUGCAGAGUCGCUUGGAACAAUCAAUCCUUAACGAGAAACAGGAGCUGCUAAAGGAAAGAGACCAUGAGCUGGAAAGUAUGCCCGAGGAGCAGAGUGAACAGACGUAUAAAAUCGAAUACAAACAUCCGCUAGAGCAUGUCUGGACACUAUGGUACCUAGAGAACGAUCGCACUAAACACUGGAAGGACAUGCUCAAUGAAAUCACACAAAUAGAUAGCAUUGAAACAUUUUGGGGCUUAUACUAUACUAUCAAAACACCAUCAGAACUUAAGAUUGGCAGCGAUUAUUAUAUGUUCAAACAUGGCAUUCAACCAAUGUGGGAGGAUGAAGCCAACAUAAAGGGCGGACGCUGGCUCUUCACUGUCGGCAAGAGUUCGAAGUAUGCCUUGGAUCGCAUCUGGUUGGAUAUACUGUUAAUGAUGGUGGGCGAGUCUUUUGAAUAUGCUAGUGAAAUUUGUGGUGCUGUAGUUAACAUACGUGCGAAAAGCAAUAAGAUAUCUGUUUGGACGGCCAAUGGUACCAACGAGCUGGCCGUCCUAGAGAUUGGUUUUAAGUUGAAAACCUUAUUACACCUACAAUCGCACAACUUGCAAUACCAGCUGCACUCGGAUGCGAUGUCAAAAGUAAAUUCUGGGGUCAGAUCUGUAUAUAGUCUAUAA